UCACUGUGAGCAGCGAAUGGCUUCCAGUACUCCACGAUCAGGGAAUAAAAACGCUAUAUCCCUUGUAAAAGGUAGGAAACCAUGAAAUCUAUAAGCCGCUUUGGCAGCCGAAGUGGCUGUUGGUGCCAAGAUUUGGUUACUGACCCACAGCUUCCUGUUUUUAAAUAUAUUAAUUGAUUCGCAAAGAGCAUCUUUUGGAAACAAGAACUCAGACAGCCUGGCACAGGCUGGAGCUCCGCCAAGACUGCUCGGGAAGGUUGCCAUGCUGGGAGCGAGCGAGCGAGAGCGAGCGAGGGAGGGGAGGGAAGAAAAAAAGGCAAGACUUGGCACAGCUCAGUCAAAUCAGCUUCUUUUGUCUGCUUUCUCGGCUUGAGCUUCGGGAAAGAAAACCGUCCUGGGGUACAGGAAAACUCAGAACUUUUUGGUUUUCAAACUUAGAUGGCUUUUUAAGUCUCUUGGGCUGUUUGAAAGUGGUGCUACAUUAAAUGAUGUUCAGUUACCAGUGAUAAGAGAAAUAAAAAGACUUCUUUAAUGAAGCCUCCACAAUAACAGUUUAUACAUAAGGGGAAUACGAUAUUUGAUUUUUGUAUGUCUGAUUAAACUGUGAGGGAGCCGAGUAACUUGGAAGAUUGCAGAGGGAAUACCUAAAUAAAAGGGAGAAUUUUAAUUUUUUUCAACAAAAAAAAAGUUUUCAUCGACAUGAAUAUGCUUUCAAACCAAACCUGACCUCCUUCGGAAUAUGUUCAGAAUGGGAAUUUCAGCGUUUCUUUCAUAUAAGCUACAGACGCUAACUUUUAAUGGAACAUCCUUAAAGAUUUCAUCUGACCCAGCAACGAAGUAAGAGUAGAAAGUUGUGGCAUCUUGAUGCAAAAGUAAGUAUGUUCUUAAAGCAACACUAUUUAUUUUUGCUGCUUCAUGCUGUCCUAACUCCAUCUCCCAGCUAUUAGUGACAACACCGAAGACCAGCAGGGCAAGCCGAAGACACCCAGACUGUGCCUGAAGGGCAAAAGAGAAAUGAGAGCGUGGUUGUUUUGCUGCUGCUCUAAAACAUUUCUUUCAUUAUAUCUUACUGGACAGCAUAUGAGAUGGCUAAAUUUUCUACUUCUGGAGGAAAUAAGAGAAGGAGAAAUAUUGACUUCUGCCAAGUAGAGAAUGUUCGAAGAUGACAGAGCUGGACUCGAACUGAUGACACUGGAUAUAGAAACUUCAGUUUGUAGUUACAGUACCUGUUUGCUGUAAACUGUGAAAAAAUCUGCUCUUUUCUCGUGCGUGGAUUAAAAAAAGUCUGUGACGACUGAAGCGUGGAUGUCUUGUGAUUUCAAUAAAAUUAAGGACCUAAAAAUCCAUUGUUUGUUUUCUCCAAGGGUGCCUGGAUUUUCAGUGAGACAGGUACCUUCUUUCUGAUUUCAUAGGAACAAAUACUAGUAUGCUGCCUAUUAGGCCUGGAUGUGGUUGGAAUAUACUACUUCUGCUAUGACAAUCAGCACUGUUAUUUCAGAGAGUAACUGUAAAGCAUAGAUUUUUAUGGAUCAUCUUCACUUCUAGUAUGGGCUGUUUCUGGGGAGCUGAGAGAAAGUUUUGGAGACAGAAGGGAGUCUACUCCACUCAAGUGGGUUAUGCAGGAGGGUAUACCCCAAAUCCUACCUACAAAGAAGUCUGUUCAGGUAAAACUGGCCACACAGAGGCUGUACGCGUAGUAUAUCAGCCAGAAAACAUCAGCUUUGAGAAACUGCUCAAGGUCUUCUGGGAGAAUCAUGACCCGACACAAGGAAUGCGGCAGGGUAACGACUUUGGCACACAGUAUCGUUCGGCCAUCUACACGUUCUCGGAGGAGCAGAUGGAAGCUGCCUUGAGAUCUAAAGAAGACUAUCAAAAGAUAUUGACGGAGGGUGGUUUUGGAACCAUCACAACAGAAAUCCGAGAGGCUUCAGAGUUCUAUUACGCUGAAGAUUACCAUCAGCAGUACCUCAGCAAGAACCCCGAUGGAUACUGUGGGCUCGGGGGCACGGGGCUUUCCUGUCCGAUCAGGAUCAAUAAAUAGUCUCUGCUUA